AUGUACAGAGCUUUAAGGGAUAUCUAUUAUUACACACCAUCUGGAAAAAAGCUACGAUCCACUCGUGAAAUAGCAGACCAUUUGAGUGAUGGAUUAACUAUGGAAAAUUUUUCUUUUGCAAAGGAACCCAUUGGUCUAAAUGAUCCUUCAAAGGAGAUCAUACGCGAUGCUCGAAAUAUUAAAGGGAGGGGAAGUUUAUCUUCAAGGGCAGAUUCACCUACAACUCCUGUUGCACCGCCUAGUAGUACCUCCUCCAUAGGUAAACGAACGCCUAAACCCAAAUUGCCAAAAGGAGUCAGUCCUCCUCCUACACCUGCAAUGAAGCAAGAAGUUGUCACUCCUACUCCCGAACCGGAACCUAAAGUAUCUCCAAAAAAAUCACCGAAGUCUUCAUUUAAGGUUAAACUUACAAAUGCCCGACUUUCAAGUCCAGCUUCAAAAACGUUGGGUAUAAAACAUGCAAAGUCAUUGAAAAGGAAGUCUUUGCCAGCUACAAAUGAGAAACCUGUUAAACAAUCUGUUGAGAAAUCAGAAAAACCAAAAAAGCUGUCCACAGGGAAAAAAGCAUCAGUUAAAAAUACUGUACGUAGCAGCACUGAUGUGAUAGUGGAAACUAAGAAAAAAGAAGUUGAAAAUAGAUUGGAUACGUUACUUGUGCAAUCUUCAACAAAUCCUGUCAAAGACCAAUGUUCAAUUCAAUGUCUGAAGGCUAUGGGCAUGAUACCAACACUUCAAUGCCAGCAAUGUCUCUGUUUGUAUCAUUACGAAUGUAUUGGUAUAAAGAAAGAAGAUCAAUUGAACUCUUUUAAGUGCAUGAAAUGUAUUGAAAAGGCAGCAGAAGAUACUGCAACUGUGGUGACUGAUAAUAUUCAUUCAACUAACAAACCCGCUCCUCCUCCACUCACUCCUAUUACAUCAAUCAAGUCGCACCUUCCUGCAUCUGAUUCACCUCCAAAAUUGCAGCGCAUACCACGGCCUGGUGAUAAAAAUCUUAACCCUAAGUUAAUAGCAGAUAAUAAAAAUGUAACUACAACAGAUGUUCCUAAAUCUAAUAAUAUACUACAGCCUUCCGAUAAAAAAUUUGAUGAUGGACAUAAAAGUUUGUUGGGUUCGGUUACAACUUGGUUACCACCAAGUUCUAGCAUCCAAAUGUCAAAAUCUCAAACAAUCACUGAAACUAAUCCCACUGCUUGUGCCCAAGGUAUUGCGCAUUGUGCAGGCAAAAAGUAUAUAGUGGUACCAAAGCACAAUGUGCUUAGUGUUUUUCCUGCCCAAAUAGUGGAUAAUGGUGAUAUGAAAAUUACUGAGAAUGCUUUAAGUGGUAUAAGUAUUACUACCGUAUCCUCAUCAAAUUUAAACAUUCCACAUCAAAUAAAAGAUCCCAUAACAAAUAUUUCUAAGGUGGUGAAUUCAGAUAAUGUUCCAAAUCCAAUACCUGAUAAUAAUAUUCCCUCUAAUUUGCUUAACAAUAAUGGGAAUGCCUCCGUAGAUGAUUGUGGUUUUAGUCACACUGAUAAUACAUCUGCGGAUGAAAAUUCUUCAAAGAAAAAGGUACCGCAUGAGACUGGACCCUCUGCGGAUCCAGAAAGGUCUUCAAAUAAGGCACUUUCGAAUUCUGAGGAUGAACAAAAAUCGACAGAUUCUGAUAAACAGGUUACUCUGUCACAUGCACCAUUUGUUCAACAUUUCUGUUUGAAUGUGUCAGCAGGAUAUUUUGCUUUAUUGAAGAUCUUUCAAUAUUUAAAAGUGCAGGAAUUACUCCGAGCAAGUCGUGUUUGUCGAUUAUGGUAUGAAAUGUCUAACAGCCCAUCAUUAUGGAAGACUGUGAGAAUGAAAAAUUCUCAAGUGGGAGACUGGCACGGUUUUGCUAAAUCUCUUCAGAAACAUCAAACAAAAUUUUUAGAUUUACGUAAAAUGCUCAUUCCCGCUUCUGUUAAUCCUGAUGAUAUGUGGAAGCAGUUUUCGGAUAACAUAGGUCUAGCUGAUUCCCUUAUUUCUAUAGAUUUUUGUAGAUGUCCUGCAAGAAUUAUAGAAAAACUGUGUGAGACAAAUCCCAAAAUGGAAACAAUAAAUGCAGUCACUAUUAGAGAUGAUAAAUUAGAUUUAGCACCAUUUGCUACUCUUAAAAAUUUACAUGAAUUGCGAUUAAAAUCUUCUGGAGGAUUUGAAAUUCAGAAGGAUUUAUCACCUUUAAAAGAUUUAAAAAAUUUGAGGCAUUUAUCAAUAACAUCUGUUAAAGAAUUGGGAAAGUAUGGCUGUGACACAAUAGCAGAACUGGUAGAACUUCAGUCACUUGAGUUAGGAGAAUGUAAUGAUUUUCCAGAAGAUUUUGGUUCUAAUGUGUUAAAUAAGCUACAAAAGUUAGAACGGCUUAGGUUGGAGAAAGGUCAAGGCAAUUGCCACACAUUCAGCAUAUUGGAAUGUGUUAGUAAGCUUCCUUCCAUAACACAAUUAGAACUUGUUAAUUUUGACAUUAAAACUGGAUUUGAUAAGAGUUUAGCACUAUGCAAAAAUAUUAAAAGAAUGCUCAUAAUUCCGACAUAUAUUACUCAGUCAGCUACAACUAAUCAUAUGGUUCUAAGCGGAGUAAUUAAGUUGUCCUCAAGUCUAACUCAGUUUGUUUGGGGUGUAACAUUGGAGCUGUUGAGAGUAACUGAGCUUUUUGUUGACCAAUAUGAGAACAGCAAAAUUAAAGACAAGAAACCUCUAGCAGAAUCAAUACCUGUUUUAAAGCCUGUUCCGAGUUUAUUGCAACAGAAUGAAGAAAAAGUAGAGGAAGGUGGCAAUGCAGCAGAGGCCCCACAAGUUGAAAUUUUAACAUUACAGGCAUUACAAAAAUUAUUGAAUGGUUCACUUCCUCAAACAAAAGUUCGAAUCUUAAAGAUACCUUUUCACGCAUCGUGGAGGCAAAGCAUUUCUGACACACAGUAAAGUUCUAUUUUAAAUCAAAUUUUUGGAAUGAUAUUUUUGGAUCUUUCUGCCUUCGUCACUAUAUUUUGCAUUAUUUUGUGAUUGAGGACUAUCAAAUGUAUAUAUG